GUGCAUCAGGGUUUUAUUUUUGGAGUGGUUGUCGACGGGAGAUCGUUGCCCUGCUAUGGUAGACAGGGUUCAGCUCACUCAGUCCAAGAUGACCCUGCCUCUGUGAGGUUACACUCCAGUCUGGGAUUAUAGCAGCUAAGACCAGCCAGAGAGUUUGCCCCUAACUAGGAAUCCCUAAGGGGGUUGAAAUGAAUCGCUGAUGGCAGUCAGGUACAGCAAUGGACUCCAGCCGGAUCUUCCCGACCCCUCCCAGCCUCCCCCUCCCCUGCUGCCCAAACCAGACAAGGCCAAUGCCCGGCUGCAGAAACUCAUCAAGAAGAGUACCAAGAAGAAAGCCCGACCCUCCCAGACUCCCAUCCCCUUCCGCUCCUGUCUGUCCCCCGUACACGAAGCUUCGGACCUGGAGCACAGCGACACACACUCGACUCCUCCCCGGUCACCGGACUUCAGUUUCCCCAUUAGGCCUCUGUAUGAUCCACACCCCCGCUCUCCGUUCUCGUUCCCCCCCAGUGGUCCAUAUGGUAACAAUCCUUACGGCCAGACAGGGGUCUUUCCCCCCCUACUGGACUACACCGCUCCCAUGCAGACAUCAGAGAACCAGGUGGCGCCCCUCUUUGAGUGCUCGUCGUUUAUGUUUGACGAUGACGACACAGAAAGCAUGAUGCCACCCUCGCCUCCGCCUCCGCCUCCGCCACCCCCACCCCCACCCCCACCCCCACCUGAGUUCUCACAAGGCCCUGCAGUUCAUCUGUAUGACUUGUAUUCAUCUGUAGCACUGAAUUCGUCUGGGUCGGUGGCCACGGCAACAGUAGCUCCAGACUCAGUCCCCAGUGUACCACAGUCAACUCCCCCAACUCCAUGUUCACCUAAGAUAUCAACUCAUGUUAUGACUCUUUCCCCACCAGUACCUAGUGGUCCGGGUCUGGCACCAUUACCCGCUCAGGUCCAAGGUCCAGUCCCACUUCCUGCUCCAGUACUGAUGUCAGCGCCAACCCUUCAGACACAACCUCUGACCUCAACCCAUCAGGUGAUGACACCCAGUAAGCCAAAGGAUGAGGCUCCAAAGACCACACCAGCUUUGCUCACUAAUAACCUUGGUUCUGAAGAUCACAUUAUGAACAAAGUGGCUUCUAAGAUGGUCAGCACGCAAAUAAAUCAAGCUGAUUCCCGUAAAGUCAAACCUUCUGACGUCAUCCCACAAACAAUGAUUUACACGUCCAAGGCAACGUUUUACGAAAUCUCCAAGCCUGCACUUCCAGACAUAACAGGAGUGAAUAUAUUGUAUCAAGGAGCAUCGUUAUCCACGAUACACAGGGAGAAAUCACCACUGACUUGUCACCAAAGUGAGCCGGCUAUCCCAUAUAAAGUUUCCGUGGCAAAGACCCCUUCUGGAAGAUCGAAAACACCCUCACACCAUCCCACAAUGGGAAGACUGACACCUGUUUUUGAGAUAUCGAAAGCCAAUCCACUCCUGUUCGCUGCAAGUCCAGUCUUCUUCUCCUCUCGGGAUGUGCACGCCUCGGUCGUAAACACAGAGACAGAGAAAUACAUGUCACCACUGACUGUUACCAGAGCUCUCUCAGCAGCAACCGAACAACUGAAACCAAUUGGAUCUCGUUCAGAUACAGACAUAUUCCAAAAUAAUGGAAUUACAACUACCAUGGGAGGAUCUAUGGCUAAUUUAUCUUCUAUGUUCAGCUCCUGUCAGGAUGUACACGUCACACAGAGAGUCAAGUCGCCAAUGGCUAUAACCAGUACAGCCCAAACACCCUCAGCAAUACCUGUUAACAGUAGAGUCAAAUCUCCCUCAGCAAUACCUGUUAACAGUAGAGUCAAAUCUCCCUCAACAAUAACUGUUAACAGUAGAGUUAAAUCUCCCUCAGCAAUACCUCUUAACAGUAGAGUCAAAUCUCCCUCAGCAAUAACUGUUAACAGUAGAGUCAAAUCUCCCUCAGCAAUAACUGUUAACAGUAGAGUCAAAUCUCCCUCAGCAAUAACUGUUAACAGUAGAGUCAAAUCUCCCUCAGCAAUAACUGUUAACAGUAGAGUCAAAUCUCCUCCUUCAAUGCCUGUUACCACUACAAGCAAUAUUCCCUUAGCUGCAGCAGAAGCACUAAAACCAAUAGGAUCUAACUCUGACAAACAUUUACAAGGUGUGACCAGUGUUGAUAGAAGUACAACUCAGACUAAUGGAAUAACAACCAACAUGGAACGGUCCAUGGCUACGAUAUCUUCUGCAUUCAGCUCCUAUCAAGAUGUACAUGCUUUGGUUGUAAACAAAGAGACACACAGAUACCAGGAGAUACAGGAUACAACUACUAUGCUCGGAUGUAUGACUAAUAUAUCUCCUGCCUUCAGCUCCUAUCAAGAUGUACAUGCCUCAGUCAUAAACACACAGAGACACAAGUCACCCAUGCCUGUUAUGUGUAGAGUUAAAUCUCCCCCGGCGAUGCCUGUUACCAGUACAGCCCAAACUCCCCUAGCAAUUCCUGUUGCCAGCAGAGUCAAAUCACCCCCAUCAAUGCCUGUUAACAGUACAGUCAAAUCACCACCAUCAAUGCCUGUUAACAGUACAGUCAAAUCACCCCCAUCAAUGCCUGUUAACAGUACAGUCAAAUCACCCCCAUCAAUGCCUGUUAACAGUACAGUCAAAUCACCCCCAUCAAUGCCUGUUAACAGUACAGUCAAAUCACCCCCAUCAAUGCUAGUUAACAGUACAGUCAAAUCACCCCCAUCAAUGCCUGUUACAAGUGCAGUCAAAUCACCCCCAUCAAUGCCUGUUACCAGUGCAGCCCAAACUCGCUCAACAGCCACUGAACAACCAAAACCAGCUGGAUCUGCCUGUGCCGGCUCAGUGGAACUUUCACAAGGUCCAACCAGUGGGGAUAGAAAUAGGAACCAGACUAGUGGAAGUACAACCACCACUGAAAGAUCUAUGGCUGAGAGAACUCACAAUGAGAUUCUAGCAUCAAAGAUCGCUGCACGUGACAGUGCAGUUUCCAAGCCAAAAGUCAAGUUUACAGAACCUCGUAUGCAGAAAGAUAAAAUGGAUGAAACAACUGAAUAUGGAAUCCCACCUGAGUAUCAAAAGCAACAGGCCCCAUUGUCCCCCAAAAGGAUACCAACGACAGCUUCAAAUGGAUACAAAGCGCCAACCAUUUCAGCUCCACCAAACGGACCCACUGUGCCAAUGAUCUCAGCACAACCACCUCCAAACACUGUGCUAACGCCAAUGAUUUCAUCACCUCGAUCCCCAUUGACCCCUAGAUACCCAGACUCUCCUAUAAUUGGCUUACGUAAAGUUUUGGCACCAUUGAUAGAGCAUCAAAAUACCCCUACAUCCAAAAAACCUAAAACACGGUCAACAUAUUACGGACUGACUCCGGCUGAGUAUGUUGCCUAUGGUGGGAUCCGGACAUACUACGGUCCUUCUGGACCUAAAGCUAAUGAAUCAACACCAUCACCAUCCACAGCACAGAAUAAUGGAUUACCAAAUGGGCCUCGUCCUCCUUUAAUCUCUAAACCUGAAACAUCCCCCAUAGGAUCAAACACACCCAACAGAGAACAACAGAAACCUACCCUGCAUGGGCAGCAUUCUACUGUUCCGGCACCUUCACUUUCAACACCUUUAGCUGCAACUGGCUGUUCUCAGACACCCACAGAUAAGGCAGCCAUAUUUAAACCCAAUACAUCAGAUGUUAACAAAUCUGAAGCACCUGCUUAUGCAAUACAACCUGAUAUAACACCCAUUGUGGACAUAACAAAACCUGAACUUCUAUUGGCCCUCGGACAGUUAACUCUUCCACCAGCCACCAGUGAAGUCCCCACACCAAUGGCCUCUCAUUCUGAGGUUCCAAGACUGGCACAUAAAGCAGGUGUGGUACACACAAUCAGAUCAGCUCCAUUUCAGCUAAAUGAAACUCCUUUAUUCCCGAUAGGUAGGAAUGUUGUGUCAAAGUCGCUGUUUCCUUUCAGCAUUCCGAAUGCUGAAGUUUCACAAAAUUCAACUGUAGCAAAUAUUCCCCGACACAGUGGAAAGUCAGAGGCAGAUCCCACAGUCAUGCAUCUUUCUGUCGAGGAUAAUAUUAGCACAGACACUAAACUACCCAGAAAACCUGUCAUAGGAGCCCAAGUCCCUAAUAACCCUGAUAUAGGAAGCCAACUCCCCAGCCAACCUACCACAGCAACUAUACUACCAGACAAGCCUACCAUAGACACCAAACUACCUAGCAAGCCUAGUGUGCCAACCCUAAGAACUCAACUCUCUCAUACACCUACUAUUGAAACAGGAACCCAAGUCCUCACCAAACCUACUAUAGAAAACCAACAUUCAUGCACACCUAUCACUGGAACUAAACUUCCUAGCCCACCUACCAAAAUAGCACAACUUCCCAGCCCACCUAGCAUAGUAGCCCAACUUCCCAACUCACCUAGCAUAGUAGCCCAACUUCCCAGCCCACCUAGCAUAGUAGCCCAACUCUCUAGCACGCCUAGCAUAGAAGCCCAACUCCCCAACGAGCCUUUAAUAGAAUCUGUACAACCUGGCAAGUCUACUCCAGAAAAUAUUCUGCCCAGUACCAUGCAGUACCAUGCAAACCAUACCAGGAAGCAUUUUGUAGAAACCAACUCCCACAAAGCAAUUGAAUGCAGACAAUCUACAAAAUCUACCAUUGAUGAAAAACCUUCCACCAAGUCCACUACUGAAACGAGAUUCUCAGCCAGCUCUACGAACGAAGGCCUCAGCCUCUGUAAAAGCCCCGUCCACAAACAGAGGAAUGUCAUCGCCAUCUCAGCCAAAGACUGGACAGACAGAGACGGACACAAUGGAAGAUGUGGAAGUCACUGCCUCAGGUGCACAGGGGAAAGCAGCCAGACGUCAAGAGACACCCUGUACGAAGCCUACGAUAUCAACUGCCUCAGGUGCACAGGGGAAAGCAGCCAGACGUCAAGAGACACCCUGUACGAAGCCUACGAUAUCAACUGCAUCUUCGACUGUUGA